AACUUCCGGAAAUAAGGUUUGAACUCCAACGAACUGCUAUCAAUAUGCAUUUAAACUUUUAAAUAUAUCUAAAGCAACUCUUAAGCUCAGCAAAAUACAAAUUUUCAAGGAGGGACGAACAGUCUGCGGAAAAGAAUCCUUGACUAACCAUUUGGCCGGCGGUUCAACCUGCUAAGCAGGUUUGUUAGCUGUGCGCUCCAGGAUGAUGGAGAGACUGUCAGCGGAGAAGCGAGUCCUCUUCCUGGUCUCCUUUUUUGUAUGUCUAGUGUUGGUCGUUUAUGGAAACUAUCACUAUCAGUACAGGAACAUAGUGUACACAGACGACGAUUACGACAUGUUCAAUGAUGCUGCGAGGUUCAUGAUCAACGAGCUCAGUCCACACGAACCCUGAUACCAUUGAUGUAGCCCACCGGUCCUCUGUAGUACACGUGUGAGCAGGAAAUCAUGGCCUCCCUGAACACUCUUUCCAAAGCCAACACCAAGUUCUCUCUGGACUUGUUCAAACAGCUGAGUAACGAAGACAAAAUGGCAAACGUGUUCUACUCUCCGUUCAGCAUCUCUUCCGCUCUAGCCAUGGUGAUGCUGGGAGCCAGAGGAACCACAGCCUCACAGAUGACUAAGGAAAUCAUGGCCUCCCUGAACACUGUUUCCAGCGCCAACACCAACUUCUCUCUGGACUUGUUCAAACAGCUGAGUAACAAAGACAAAACGGCAAACGUGUUCUACUCUCCGUUCAGCAUCUCUUCCGCUCUAGCCAUGGUGAUGCUGGGAGCCAGAGGAACCACAGCCUCACAGAUGACUGAGGUUCUCUGCUUCUCAAAGGCAGGGAAGCAGCAGCAGCAACGGCAGCAGCAGCAGCAGCAGCCGCAGCAGCAGCAGCAGGCUAAAGGAGCGCAGCAGAUGAUGCAGAUGCAGCAGAAGGGCCAGGCCAGUCUGCCAGCUCAAGUGAAGAGCCUGAAACUCCGGGAUUCCCAGGAUCAGGUCCAUGCUAGCUUUGCUGAGCUGCUGGGCCAGCUCAACAAGCCUAAGGCCAGUUACGCUCUGAGUGUAGCUAACAGGCUUUUUGGAGAGCAGACCUACCAGUUCGUCGAGGAGUUCCUGGGAAACAGCAGGAAGCACUACAAAGCAGAGCUGGAGAAGGUGAACUUCAUGCAGGGUUCUGAAGCUGCCAGGCUCAACAUCAACACCUGGGUGGAGAAACAGACACAAGGUAAAAUCAAAGACAUCCUCGCCGAGGGUUCCUUGAACAACCUGACCAGACUUGUGCUGGUCAAUGCCAUCUAUUUCAAAGGCAACUGGAACAAAAAGUUUGAUGCGCAGGAAACUCGUGACGCUGACUUCCGACUGAACAAGAAUGCUAAAAAGACAGUAAAAAUGAUGUACCGGACAUCCAAGUUUCCUCUGACCUACAUCCCUGAAAUCAACUGCCAGAUCCUUGAGAUGCCCUACAAAGACAAGGAGCUAAGCAUGCUGGUCUUCCUGCCCACUGACAUCGAGGACAGCACCACCGGCCUGGAGAAGCUGGAGAAGGCCCUGACCUACGAGAACUUUAUGGAGUGGACUCGCCCAGACAUGAUGAACGAGGUGGAGGUCAGGGUGGGCUUCCCUCGCUUCAAGAUGGAGCAGAAGUAUGACAUGAAGAAAGUCCUGGUCAGCAUGGGCAUGGCGGACGCUUUCGACAUGUCAAAGUGUGAUUUCUCUGGCAUGUCUCCAGCCAAUGACCUGGUGCUGUCAGAAGUCUUCCACAAGGCUUUUGUGGAGGUCAACGAGGAGGGAACAGAGGCGGCUGCUGCCACCGCAGCGGUCAUGAUGCUGCGCUGUGCACUGAUGCCAGCUGCCUUCAUCGCUGACCACCCCUUCCUCUUCUUCAUCAGACACAACAGCUCCAUGAGCAUUCUGUUUGCGGGCCGUUACUGCUCCCCUCAGUAAAGUUCCCUUGAGCAACCCACAUCUUCAUUUUCCAACCGUCAGAGUAUGAGGCUUAGUGACGUUGAAGGAAUCCUUUAACACUCCAGUUUUGUUGUGUGCCUUACUACAGAUUGAUGUUUUGCACUGUCUCAUUGUAAAGAUGAAUCAUUAUUCCUGCUGCUUUCUUCUACCCUAAUCUCCUUAUAUCUAGUCAAGAUUAUUGCAUUUUACACACAUCUAUAAUAAUCCUUUGCACUGUUCUGCUCAACCCAAACCACAGAAUUACAUGACAAACGCCUCUUUUAUGCAAUUCCUUGGAACCGUCAUGCAUCGUAAACUGGAUUAAAAACAUGAAUGUAUGCAAAGACUUUUGCCAGCUGCCGUGUCACUGUCAUGUACUCUUUUACACCUGAAAUUAAAGUGUGUGGUUUGCUGAAA